GAAAAAAAGGCUCCUAAUCUAGAGAGAGAAACAAAAGAGAGAGAGAGAGAGAAGAGAACACGUAGUGGAAUUUGGUCCGCGCGCAACGGAGGACACACAGAAGAACGCGACAAGGAUUUUGGUCUCGAAUGUCUGGUGAUACAUCGUUGUCCGGAUUGGUUUUGGAGGGAAUUGACGAGGUGGAGGAUUACGUUUGGGAAAAUGAAGGAGAGGGAUCAUUGCCAUGGGAUCAGCUUAGUCAUGUUUUCGAUCUCGUGCAGACAGGAAAUCAGGCUCUUGGAGAACAGCAAUUUGUGGAGGCAAUCAAUUGUUACUCAAGAGCCAAUAAUAUCAAACCUGGUGAUCCUGUUAUUCUUGGCAAUCGCAGUUAUGCACAUAUCAGGUUCAGCCAAUUCUUAAAACACAGACCUGCUUCUGUUUCUGAAUGUCAGCCAUUAAAUGGCUUGGAUCUGACCAUUCAUGCUGAACUUGCUUUGAAGGAUGCUGAGAAGCGAGUAAAUCUCCGAAGUGAUUCAGUACAUUCUUACAUCCUAAAAGCUAAUGCUCUCAUUUUGUUAGAAAAAUAUGAUCUGGCCCGGGAUGUUAUUCUCUCUGGCCUUCAGGUGGAUCCUUUCAGCAAUCCACUUCGGGCUUCUUUACAGAAUUUGGAGAAAAUGCCACUGCGACCCAGUUCUAUGGGAAGGAAAAACCAUGGAAAACCAGAACGUACAGAUGACUUUGACUGCACACUUUGCCUUAAGCUACUAUAUGAACCUGUCACGACUCCUUGUGGACAUUCUUUCUGCCGUUCAUGUCUUUUUCAGUCGAUGGACCGAAGCAACAAAUGUCCACUUUGUCGAACAGUCCUCUUUAUCAGUCCCAGAACAUGCACAAUAAAUGUGACGAUGAACAACAUUAUACAGAAGAACUUCUCAGAGGAAUACACAGAAAGAAAGGCGGAGCAUGACAGUUUGACAAACUUUGGCGUUGAUUUGAUACCUCUUUUUGUCAUGGACGUUGUAAUUCCAUGUCAAAAGAUUCCACUUCACAUUUUUGAACCCCGGUACAGACUUAUGGUGAGAAGAAUUAUGGAAGGAAAUCGUCGGAUGGGAAUGGUUAUCAGUGAUCCUACAAGAGGUUCGAUAGCUGAUUAUGCUUGUGAAGUGGAGAUAACUGAGUGUGAGCCACUUCCGGAUGGAUGUUUCUAUAUAGAGGUUGAAAGCCGACGAAGAUUUCACAUCCUUCAAUCUUGGGAUCAAGAUGGGUACCGGGUUGCUGAGGUGGAAUGGAUAUGUGAUAAUCAACCAGCACAGCCAGAAGAAUUGCAACAAUUAACAAAUGAUGCAGCAGACUAUGCUUUGUUGUGGUUAAGAACGGUGAAGGAAGCCGCAGGACAAGAUCGAAGAAGACUCGAGAGACUUCUUAACGUGGAAUCUAUGAUGCCUAGACCAUUGGAUCCUGAGCGCUUCAGUUUCUGGCUUGCUACACUCUCAAACAAAACGCCUUUAGAGAGAUUGGAUCUCUUGCACUUAACCGAUACAAGAGAGAGGAUAACUGGAGGAUUAAUAUUCCUCAGAGCAGCAGAACAAGGAUGUAGGGUCCAAUGAGGAUACGUGAAAUAUUGGAUCCUUUGAAAAAAACAUUGAUACAAUAGCAAUUCAAACAUUAUAUAUAUACAUAUAAGAGCGAUUCAAUAUUCUUUGGUCCACAUGAUAAGGUGUGUGGAUCCCUUAUUUUGUUGUAACAUAUGGUUUUGAUGAAGUCAAAUAUUUUGACUUGACAAAGCAUUCUUUGAUAUUUUUUUUUUGUGAAAUGUUGUUUGGAUUAUUCAAGAGAAAUAAUAUCAUAUUUGAU